AUGGCAGCACACGGUAACGACAUAGAACCGGAAAAGCUGGAUAUACAGCUCACGAACAUGGACAAAACCGUGGAGCCGUCUGAUCGGUCGGAGGGAGAGGAACAGGAACCAGUUCAGUUGAAGGUAUAUGCACGAAGAUGGGUAAUUCUUACUGUAGUCGCCAUGCUGAAUAACACCAACACAAUGUCAUGGAUUGCGUUCGCUCCAGUGUCGAACUAUGUGAACAGUUUUUACGGCGAGAAUAGUGCUGCCUGGUUUUCCAUGGUGUACAUGAUUUGCACCAUACCUGUUGGAUUCUUCGCUAUGUGGACAGGUCGUCGUUUUGGUCUCCGGAGCGCUGUAUUGAUUGCAGGAUGGACAAAUGGUAUUGGUGGCCUGAUUAGGCUAUCCAGUUCUUUCCUCCCACUGCAAUAUCGCUUUCCUGUCGGGAUCACAGGACAAGCGAUUGCUGCCAUUGCUUAUCCUUUCAUUAUGUUUCUACCCACGAAGGUAGCCGGGUCGUGGUUCCCCGACACACAGCGAGGUAUAGCAACAACGAUUGGUGUUAUGUCUAAUCCAUUAGGAGUUCUUCUUGCCAAUGUAAUAAGCCCUCAAAUGGUCCGUGCACCAGACCAUGUUGUAUACCUCAACAUCUUCACGUUUGUUCCUGCCGCUGUUGCCAUGAUCCUCGCAACAGUCGCAGUUAAACGUAGCGAACCGAAAAUACCGCCGACAUUUAGCGCUAGCAAACCUCAGAUGGACUUCUUCCCUGGACUCAAAGCAUGUAUGAUGUCUAAGCAGUACCUUAUCCUGUUUAUCGUCAUGGGCGGUGGAAUCGGCAUGUUUAACUGUCUUUACACUAUCAUGCAGGAACUCCUCUGUCCGUCCGGAUAUUCGAAUUCAUUCGUCGGUUUGUGUGCUGCUCUCAUGAUUAUCGGUGGAAUAGUUGGAGCUGCCGGAAGUGGUGUUUUUGUGGACCGCACAAAAAUGUACGAAGAAACCAUGAAAGUAUCCAUGGGCCUCGCUGUUGUUUUCGGCUUGAUUUUUAUGCAGCUCACUCUCCACACAAAUUUCGCUCCUCUCCUGGCUUUGACCUGUGUGUUGUUCGGGAUAUUUGGUCUAGCCACUUACCCUGUAGGACUCGAACUGUCCGCUGAGUGCACAUUCCCAGUAUCGGAAGCUACAUCAACAGGACUCAUUGUCCUUUCUGGACAGGUUCAAAGCGUACUGUAUGUCCUGAUCAUGAAGCAGUUUGCACGUCCACUUCAACCGGAACGGAUGCAAGAUCAGGUCUGCACUCUAGACGUAACGGACAAGAUGAACCAACCGAAAGAUAAUACACAAGCUGUUAUGGUCUUUUCGCUACUGGCCGCUCUACUUGUGUUGGUGCUUGUCAUACUUUUCAAGCCGGUCUAUCGCCGUCUAGAAGCAGAAAAAGAGAAUAGAGCGCGUAUUGAUAAAGAAAAGGAGUCACGAAUGAACGACCAGAAGAUAACCCUCCCACGUGAAACUGUCACUCAACCAUUGAAUAAGGUAGAUGACAAUGUUUAG